AUGCUGAAAGAGACUCUCUCGGCCGUGGCCUGGCUCUGCAUUUUCACCGUGGCCUUUGUCAGCCACCCAGUGUGGGCACAGAAGCCCCCUAAGCGCAAGACACCUGCAGAGCUCACUGUGGCCGGCUGCUGUGAGGAGGCGAAGGAGCUCAAGGCCCAAAUUGCCAACCUAAGCAGCCUGCUGAGCGACCUGAGCAGGAAGCAGGAAAGGGACUGGGUCAGCGUGGUCAUGCAGGUGAUGGAGCUGGAGAGCAAUUCCAAGCGCGUGGAGUCGCGGCUCACAGAGGCUGAGAGCAAGUACUCCGAGAUGAACAGUCAGAUCGGCAUCAUGCAGCUGCAGGCAGCGCAGACCGUCACCCAGACCUUGGCAGAUGCCAUCUAUGACUGCUCGUCUCUCUACCAGAAGAACUACCGCAUCUCUGGAGUGUAUAAGCUUCCUCCCGAUGACUUCCUGGGCAGCCCUGAGCUGGAGGUGUUCUGUGACAUGGAGACUUCAGGUGGUGGCUGGACCACCAUUCAGAGGAGAAAGAGUGGCCUUGUCUCCUUCUACCGGGACUGGAAGCAGUACAAGCAGGGCUUUGGCAGCAUCCGUGGGGACUUCUGGCUGGGGAACGACCACAUCCACCGGCUCUCCAGGCGGCCAACCCGGCUACGCGUGGAGAUGGAGGACUGGGAGGGCAACAUGCGCUACGCUGAGUACAGCCACUUUGUCUUGGGCAAUGAACUGAACAGCUACCGCCUCUUCCUGGGGAACUACAGCGGCAACGUGGGGAACGAUGCCCUUGUCUAUCACAACAACACACCCUUCAGCACCAAGGACAAGGACAAUGACAACUGCUUAGACAAGUGUGCCCAGCUCCGGAAAGGUGGAUACUGGUACAACUGCUGCACAGACUCCAACCUCAAUGGCGUUUACUACCGCCUUGGGGAGCACAACAAGCACCUGGACGGCAUCACCUGGUACGGCUGGCAUGGGUCUAGUUACUCCCUCAAACGAGUGGAGAUGAAAAUCCGCCCAGAAGACUUCCAGCCGUAA